AUGGACCCUGUCACUCCUACUAUUGCUGCCCCUGGCCCACCCCUGGUUCCAGCCCUAGCUCCAACCCUACCACCAGGCCUUCAAGUACUUCCUGGCCUGUUAAACUCACCUCCUCUUGUGUCUUCUGUACAAGAAUUACCAGGAAUUAGAAGAGGAGCUAGUCUUUGGAGGCCCUGGAUGUCCUCCACAAAUAACCAGCCAAGACAAGUGAGGAAGCUGAUGGAUUGGAUGAGUUGCAGUCCCUGGGACACAUUUUUACAGGUUUCUGACUUCUGGUUUAGAGGAGGCAGUUAUCUUGCCAUAAACUUUGAGCCACAUGCUGGCUUUUGUUUUGGACAGGUUUCAGCCAAGGCCUCAAAGGCUGACUCUCAGUUUCAUCACCCUGUCAGGCUUUUCUGGCCUAAAUCCUGCUCCUUUGACUACCUGUACAGUGCUGGGGAGAUUUUGCUGCAGAAUUUCCCUGUCCAGGCCACCAUCAACCUUUAUGAGGACUCCAACAGUGAAGAGGAAGCAGAGGAAGGGGAGGAUGAGGAGGAGAAAGAGGAGGCCAAUGAAAGGAGGUCAGAAGUAUGUGCAGAAGGACCUGGGUCUACAUCACAAAGGGUCAUAGCUCAUCUCCUUUCCCCAUCCCUGCCACAGUCCGAUUGGACAGUUUCCAAGGGCACUGAUUUUCCAGAUGCAGCUUUCUGGACUGAAAACUAA